UCAGCUGUUGAAUGACGGUGGUUACCCCCACCCAAACUGCAAGACGACAUUGAAAAAUUCCAUAGCCAGCUGGUGCUUCACGCGCUGUGCUCAAACUUCGGUUCCACCGCAGUAAAGUUGGUCGUGCGGGAAGGAUCGUACAGUCCGGUUCCGCCAUUACCCGGCACCGAAUGGCAUCGAAAGGUAUGGCGGCGUCCGCGUACGCAUGCGGCGGAGCAGCGUCACCAGUUGGACAGAAAAAACUUCCACGUGCACCGGAAUACAACCUGCCACUGGAGACGAUUGUGCGGAUCGCGCUGACGUGUAUUUACAUCGCACUCGAGUUUAAAGCCCCAUUCGUUCGGAAGAUCCAGGCGGAAGAGUUAUGGCUGUACCGGAAUCCGCGGACCGAUAGCUACGUGCCACUGACCAUGCUGUGGCCCAUCGUGCUCGGUGUGCCGGGGCUGGUCUUUACGCUGCACUAUCUCAAGUCGCGGGAUCGGCAGGAACUUCGCUGCACCGUGCUUGCGUUUACGCUCGGCCUCGGCCUGAACGGUGUGCUAACGAACACUAUCAAGAUUGCGGUCGGUCGACCAAGGCCCGACUUCUUCUGGCGCUGUUUUCCGGAUGGUGUGCUGAACGAACAACUGCACUGCACCGGAACGGAUGUGCGGGCAUUGAUGGAUGGACGCAAGAGCUUCCCUUCCGGACAUUCCUCCUUUGCCUUCGUUGGUCUUGGAUUCCUUAGCUGGUACCUCAUCGGGAAGCUGCACCUGAUGAACGAUCGUGGCCGUGGCCGAUCCGUGCGCGUGAUAGCGUCCGGUUUGCCACUGUUUGCUGCGACGAUGAUUGCGAUCAGCCGUACGUGCGACUAUCAUCACCACUGGCAGGAUGUGACGGUGGGUUCACUGAUCGGGAUCUGCCUGUCCUAUCUCUGCUAUCGCCAGUAUUAUCCAGCAUUUACCGAUCGCAACUGUCACCUGCCGUAUCAGCAAGAAUGCGCAUCGGUGUCCACGAUGCUGAACAGCCCGAAUCGGGUGAAACGGCCACCGCAACCCGGAACACCACCGUCAUCGCCGCUGGUCACAAAUUACGACAUCCGAGCCGAGGGCGAACAGGAAGAUUCCGAUACAGAGACUAGACGAUUGCUUUCGUCACCCACCGACCAAAAGGAAGCAAAAUGGAUUUAAACGCUACGAUUCAUCGAAAUUCCUACCAUUUACAAUAUGUACUGUAGAAUCCAAUUCUACACCAGCAUUCACCCGAGGGGUGAACGAAUUUAUUGGAAGCUGUUUUUGUUCUUUUAAACCAAACUAAUCCAUACCUCAAAGUACUCGAAGGCUACGUUCUGCUACUCGUCCGCUACGGCACAACGCAUCGUCACCAGCCCAUCACCCAGCCCACACUCGAUUACGUCCCCG